GUGAAAUGAAAGUGCCAGAUGUGGGCAUUAAAGGGCCCAAAGUUGACAUCGAUGCCCCAGAUGUGGAUGUUCAUGGCCCGGACUGGCACCUGAAGAUGCCCAAGAUGAAAAUGCCCAAGUUCAGCAUGCCUGGCUUCAAAGCAGAAGGCCCAGAAGUGGAUGUGAACCUGCCCAAGGCUGACAUUGACAUCUCUGCACCCAAGGUUGACAUUGAAGCCCCAGAUGUGAACAUUGAGGGUCCAGAAGGAAAACUGAAAGGCCCUAAGUUCAAGAUGCCUGAAAUGCACUUUCAUGCCCCCAAGAUCUCUAUGCCUGAUGUUGAUUUCAACUUAAAGGGACCUAAAGUCAAAGGAGACUUUGAUGUUUCUGCCCCAAAGAUGGAAGGAGAGUUAAAGAGUCCAGAAUUGGGUGUCAAAGGCCCCAAAUUGGAUGUUGAUAUGCCAGAUGUAACUGUGGAAGGCCCAGAUGGCAAAUGGAAAAGUCCUAAAUUUAAGAUGCCAGACAUGCACUUUAAAGCUCCCAAAAUCUCCAUGCCAGACAUUGAUCUACACUUAAAAAGCCCCAAGAUAAAGGGAGAGGUGGAUGUAGAUGUUCCAAAAUUGGAAGGUGGCCUCAAAGGGCCAGACCUCAAGGGUGACAUCAGUGGGCCGGAUAUCGACAUUGAAGGACCAGAGGGCAAAUUAAAAGGACCCAAGUUCAAGAUGCCUGAGAUGAACAUCAAAGCCCCCAAGAUCUCCAUGCCUGAUGUAGAUUUGCACUUGAAAGGUCCUAAGGUCAAAGGAGAUGUGGAUGUUUCCCUGCCUAAGGUGGAAGGUGACCUAAAAGGCCCCAAAGUGGACAUUGAUGCCCCAGAUGUAGAUGUUCAAGGCCCAGACUGGCACCUGAAGAUGCCCAAGAUGAAAAUGCCCAAGUUCAGCAUGCCAGGCUUUAAAGGAGAGGGCCCAGAUGUGGAUGUGAAGCUGCCCAAGGCUGACGUUGAUGUCUCAGCACCCAAAGUGGACAUUGAAGGCCCUGAUGUUAACAUUGAAGGACCAGAGGGAAAGUUGAAAGGUCCCAAGUUCAAGAUGCCUGAGAUGAACAUCAAAGCCCCCAAGAUCUCCAUGCCUGACAUUGAUUUGCACCUGAAAGGUCCUAAGGUGGACAUUGAUGCCCCAGAUGUGGAUGUCCAUGGCCCAGACUGGCACCUGAAGAUGCCCAAGAUAAAAAUGCCCAAGAUCAGCAUGCCAG